UCGGCGGGCAACGAACGCAUUGCCAUGGAAGCGUUGGAUAACUGCGUCGUCCAAAUGCGCGCGUGUGCGGAGAAGCUCAAAAGUACGAAAUUCACGCUGUCGUCAACGUUCAUCGACAUGAAAGCAAGAGACUUGCCGUCGAUUACCACAACGACUCGAUUGGUGUUUGAACUCGAGGAGCAGGAGGGAGAUGUUGCAGAGAAGCACAAGCGGCAGUUCGACGCUUGUGUCAAACAAGCGGACGAACAGAUUGAAAAGCUGCUAGCCGAGAAGAAGCAACUGGAGCAAGAGAUACGACGACAGUCGCAGCAGUUCCGACAAGUCUUGGAAGAACGCGACGCCGAUGUGCAAGUUGAAUACGCUAAAAUGCUCGCAGAAGUUCGUGACCACAUCGAAGACACCAAACAACAACUGACAGAGGCCAUCGAGUCGCGAACCGCCAAGCAAUUGCAGGUAAAACACUGUCCGCCGCCUUCGCUGGCCAACGAAGCUGAUGUCCAUGAAAGUCACAUGCUACAGCAACUAGUCGUGGCCAAGUCCAAGGAAGUGACCGCGUUGCAGGCGCAGUUCCACGCGUUAGAAGCGGAACUCGCCCGGCCCGCCGCCAUCAAGCGCAAGGCCGACGCACUGGACGGCUCCCACGAAUAUUCGGCGGAAGCAGUAGCUCAAGAAAAGAAACACUUGCAGGAUGAGAUCGAUAUGCUCAUGGAGACAGACCUAGCGUUGCGAGACAAGGCCACCCAAAGUCGGCUGCUGGCAGCCCAGCACGAGCAAAACGAAUCCAUGCGGCGCGAGGUGGCAGAGGUGGAACAAGAAGCCGCCAACGUCGCCGCGUCCGUGGCGGCGCUGUCGAGUCGGCUGCAGACUCAGCUCCGCGUCCUGGCUUCAUCUUCGUCGACCGGUGCGCUCCUCACCCGUCUGUACACGUUCAUUGUCUCCCACGACAAGGAUACCCCCAUCGCAAUCGCGGACGUCCUCGCGGUGUGUCCGUCCCCAAGCGAAGGCGUGCAGUGCAUUGAUCUGUUGGUUCAAGUGGGCGUGGUGGUGCAUACUGACGACCGCCUGCACCUACGGCAAACCCUCGCCACGGCAUAACAAUUUCUAUCUUCUCGAGUUGUAUGUAUAUAUAUAUUCCCUUGUGCUCAUCCAAGAAUAUGGAAACUACGAUAAACCCACACAUAUGCCACGCAG